AUGGUCAAAGUCUACUACAACCUCAAAUUCUCUCGAUUCCGGGGUACGAAGCGGAUCGACGAGCUUGACUACUAUGCUCUGGCCUACUUCAAGAAUUUCUGCAAACUGGGUGCCGGUCAGAAAAGGAUGUACGACGGUGCCGCAUAUGUGACACGCAGAAAGGUCGUUUCUGGCACCAAAGAAGACGACGAGGAUGAACUCGUUGGAAAGGACUAUGAGGACGACGAAGAUGCCUCCAAUGCUAAGUUGGUUUCUAUCCAGGGAGAGAUAGUAUGUGACGCUCAAGCGUACCUCCAGCACGCUCAUGCGACACGUUGUCAUGCUUUGGGGGACUGGGAGCAAUUUGACACGGAAGAACCUCAAACCGAGCUCGACGAUGCUUUCGCCAAUCUCAAAGAAGAUUAUGUCAGGAACGGUUACGAUGCAGUGAAGCAGAAAGCCGACUGGGACAAGGCCGAAGCACGGUGGAAGGCCACUAUCAGGGAAAAUUCGAAUUACCUCAUACUCCCAAACCGCUUGCUAGGCUAUUCGACACGGGUCAAGCUCUGGGGCCAAUUCAUGAUAGAUGACACCACUGAGCCCAGCAAACCGAACAUGGACAAGUUUCACAAAGACUUGCAGCUUGAAACCAGGUACAGGGAUCUCUUGAAGCAUUGGUCUUCACACACGAGGAGGGGCACAAGUCUCGCCAAGUGGAAGAUGUGGUGA